UCUCUUUAAAAAAAAAAUAAAUGCCUUGUCUAUUUAAUUAAAAAAAAUUAGCUAGAUAUAGGAUUUAAAAUAUAAAUAAAUUUUAGAGCUUAUUGUAUUGUUCUUUUCUUAUUUACUAAAAGAGGUCAUCCAAUUAUUGAUUUAUUAAAAUUGGGUAUUUUUGGUUGUCAAGAGUCGUCUAGUUCCCUCUAUGACAAUGCCAAUAUCGGUAAGUUAACAACCUGAAUAAAAACAGUAAUCACACUUGUGCAAUACAUGUGUGUGUAUUAAAUAUUAACAAACUUUAUCAAAAAAAAUAUUGCAAAUAUUUUUGAAAUAUAUAUUUUUUAAUUUAUUCAAAUAAAUUGUCAUGGCAUUAGUCAAAUUGGGUCAAUUGACAACUCGUCUAGCAUCAAGAACAUUGUCACAAAGUUCUUCAAGAUUAUUAAUAACACAACAGAAAAAUUAUUUAUCAAGUAAAGUAAAAGCAAGUGAUUAUGAUGAUGAUGUUGAGAAUGAUAAACCAAUUCCAUAUUCAUCAUCACCAGCUGCAGAAUGGCAAGCAAAAUGGUCACAAGCUGGUCAUAAAGAUGAUUCACCAUGGUUUGAACCACUGGUUGCUGGUAUAAGUUCAAUGAUUUUUCUUAUUUAUUUUCUUUAUUUGAGAGAAGCAAAUGAUAUUGAUCAAAUAUUUGAUCGUGAACUUGGUGAUUAUUUUCCUGAUGAUGAAAUUGAAAAAAUUAAAGUUCUAGUUGCUGGUAAUGAGUAUCAAAAUUUAAAAACAAAAAAAAAUUAACUAGUCUAUAAAUUUGUAAUAAUAAAUUUAGUUUGUUUUGCUUUUUUUUUUUUUGUAAAUUAAUACACUUAAUAAAUUCGAGUUGACAUUUAUUUUAAA